UGAGGGAGGGAGUGUGCGCGCGGCUUGUCUUUUAACCUGUGGCACUGGCAUUGCAACACCAGUGAGUGCAACACCGUCAGAGGGGUAGCAUUGCAACUCCUCCGACGUGAAGAGUCUCUGUGUAUCAGUGUGCCAAGUGAUAGAGUGUGUAUCAACGACUUUCUAACAGAAAUGUAAUUAAGAAAAAGGUGUUUUCCCACAAGUAGAUCUAACAAAACCGCUCUCACGACAGGAAUGUUAUAGAUACGCGAAGAAAAACUUUGUAUUUUGUGCGUCUGGUGAAAUUCCAAGUUGUGUUUGAGCGCAAGAAAGAGUCAGUCAAGAAUAUACGUUAUCUGCAGGCUAUCGUUGGCGGCGCGGAUCAAAGGGCCCGUGUAGACCAGCCAAGAUAAGCUAUCAAUUGUGUAUUGCCGACGCGUCCACCGGGCCCUGACUGGCUCCUACCUCCCUACCCACACCUAGAAACUAACUUUUACCCCUGAAGGAAAAGUUACUAUCUAAAGACGCCGACGCGGAACACAGCAGUGAACAAGGAAGUUGGUGUGACAUGGCUGUGAAUUAGCUAAUAGCGGCAGUACCUGACUUGUCAUCAGUGAACGAGUGACUUGAUCAACUUUUUAAGUGAUUUUUGUGGAUUUUCACCUACUUCUACCGACUUUGUGGAUGUUAUUUAACUUUGGCGAGUCUGGGGAAGAACUCUACGGGCCGGUGAGGUUACUUUUCAAGACGGGGUCGAGAAGUUCUGGUCCCAGCACCAUGGGGCCACAACUUCGCUAACUCACGCAACACCGUACUGAGAUUGGAACGAUGAUGUGGUAGGCCCAGCAGUCCCAAGUCAUGGCCAACUCGUUCGUUAAAUGGUGUCGUGCCAAGUUCUUCAACGGGUACAAACACAUCAAUGUAAUGGCACAGGAGGAAGGAUGUGGGCGCUCAGACACGGAGACGUUGGUGCGGGCGUGCGAGGACGACUUACUCCCUACACCCACGCCUACGCCCACCCCGCACGCCCAUCCACACCCACACCCAGGGAACACCCGUAGCCAUCUCACUCCCGGCACAUAUGUUGAGUUGAGUUCCUGUUACUUCCGGGAUUUAUUACAAAGACAGGAGGUGUCGUGUGAUGUUAGUGUGGCUGCAGGUGAGGCGGAUCGUCAGGAGUUCUCCUUCACCCUCUAUGACUUUGAUGGUCAUGGCAAAGUCACUAAAGAUGAUAUUGCUGGGUUGGUGCGGACUAUAUAUGAGGCUGUGGGGUCUUCACUGUCCCUCCCUCCAAGUGGGUCUCGAACGAUCCGUGUUAAGUUAACAGUUGCCCCCGAGAAUUGUCGAGGGCGCCAACAAGACUUCCACCACCAGGAGACAUGUGAGGGUAAGAAGGGUGAUGAGGAAGGUGAUCCCUGUGAACAUCCAUCAGGACGCAGUCACCGAAGACGAAAAGCACGAAGGCGAUCUACGUCCCUCCAGAGACAUGAACUACUUCAGAUAAUACAGGCAAACAUGGAAAAGAAUAACCUCUUUUACACACCACUUCAUCGUCGACAUGACCAUCACCACCAUGAUCAUCACCACGACCACCAUCACAACCGCAGACGUCGUCGUCAUGGAUGUGGAUGUGACCACAGUGGCUCACCCCCAGAUCCAGCAGAGGUCAAAGCAAGACUACUAGAACCAGAAUGUCCAUGUCGACAUACUCACUACCAUAGUCACACCCAUGGCCCAACCAACACUGCCAGAUCCAUGGGAUGUAGACGUCACAACCGGUCUCAUUCCCACGACCUCUCACACGACUCGCCCCAUGUGUUUCGUUACCACCUGCUAGAUAAAACUUUUCAACCACUGCCUCCUUCGAACACUCCUGACCAGCCACCCUCUCCACCAAUGGCUCACAAUCCCCACAGUCAUCACCAGCAACAGUACCAGCACCAGACCAGACACUAUCACCAUCACCAUCGUUCAAGGUCUUUUGAUGCAGGAGACACUCAAGGUUCUUCACCAAGAGGUAGGAGUGGAAGACUGCCAAGAAGUCAACAACAAAGUCAGACUCCACCACAGAAACAGUCAAAAGAACAGCAACAAAGUUCUACUCAAUCAAAACAGGAACAUCAGGGUGGCAAUGAGGUGUCCCCUCACCACACUAAACAUCGCCAUCGAGAAGCCGAUCAUGCACGUGCAAUGGCCCAGGUGGUAGCUUGGUUAGAGAGAGGCUCAUUAUUGGAUUCCCAGAAGUCUCCAACAACUCCUGAAAGUGGUAAUGGUGGCAUUGGUGGUGUUGGAGGUAGCAGUGGUAGUGGUGCAUGUAGAGAACAAACACAUCAUGUUCAUCAACACAUCCACCACCAUUAUCAUCAUUACGCUGAGAAGCAGCCGCCACCUCUGCUUAUUUGAGAAUGUCCUCACUGCACCCCGUCACACAUUACACUGAGUCUUACUGUUAAAUACUAACCAGGUUUGGGAGUUAAUUUUUUUUAACUCUUAAAGAAGUAAGCACGAAACAGAGAAACCAUCUUCUUGUUAAAUAAUCCAUCCAGUAAUGUUUGUGGGUGCAGAAUUAUAAUAUUGAUCAUUUUUAACAUUCUUGUGGUCAUCAGUUGUAAAACAGCGGUCAUAAUGUUCCUGAACAUAAAAUGAAUUAUUCUAAAUGGAAACAAAAUUUAUUUGGAAAGUAUUUAAAAAAAUAGUACAUUGAUGUACAAUUGGUGAUCCUGUCAAAUUGUGAUUAGUCCUAGAGACUAUGAGAUUUGUUUACAGUCUCCUAAGUACAACUUUACACCAACAUCUUGCAAUAUUAAUACUUCUUGCUGUAUGCUGGUUCAAUGUUUAAUGUGUACAGAUUGCUGAUGUUUGUGAAAAUGUGGUCUCCAUACAAAUGAGGAAAGAAAAUGGCUUUUCAAGUGUCAUGAGAUCUUACCAAUGCCCUUUUAUGUAACUCAUAAGUUUGCAAACAGGACUGAUAAGUAUGUGCAUCUAAUUCCAUAGAGGACUGUUUAAAGCAGGUGCUCUGCUGGUGCCCAUGCUUUGGCCAGUUCAACAAAUGCUUGCAGUACUGUUGUUUAAAUUCCAUUCCAACUUAAAAUUUGAGUGAUUGACUAUUUUGAUACAAUCGUAAAUUUUACAUCACUGUUCUGAAGAAAAAUUAUAUUUAAUGCAGUAUACUAAAUGCCAAAAUAAAAUAGCAUCUGAUGAAGCAUUUUUGUGCUAAUAUUGAGCUCUGAUUAUCGGUAUAUAGCUACAGUCCCAAGAAGAGUUUUCAAGCCUGUUCUACUUCCAGGCUUUGUGUCUCAGUGUUUUUUAAAAAUAAUAAUUCUUAAGUUUCUAACAUUUGUGGUUUCAACUGCAGAUGUUUCUGUUCCCAUUCCAAUGUUAUCCUCACAUAUGGUGCACAUUGUAGCCUUAAUCCUCGAUGCCAUCAUAUUAAAUGUAUCCUAAUGCUACAACUCAUAAAAAAUUAUCAAAUACGUAGAAUAUUGGUGGCUGAUAAAUGUAAAAUAUUCCCAAACAGCAGAUAAACAUAUGUUUAAGCAAUAAAUAGAGAUAAUGCUAAUAAGCAAUGGACUCGGGUUCUCAUGCUUAAAGGAAACCAAAUAUCACAUACAGUAUGUGUAAGAAACUAACACGAUUGUGACAGAGAGGACUCAGGUUAGAGCACAUUACAGCAUGUGUGAGUAAAUCUUGACUGAAUUGCAUACCUCAAUAAUGGUUCACAUUGUACCUGUUGAUCACAGAGAAUUAAUCCUGAAACUAAUUUUAUGCAUUCCUUCAGUGAGUUCAAAUUUACACUAAAUUAAUACAAGUUUUAUCGACAAAUUAUUUUUAAGGUUGAUGUUCACAGUUCACAAAAUUUAAUGUUCUCUCAAUGAUUACCUCAAUGAUGUUUUCAUAAUAAAAAAAAACCUGUCUCAAGAUUAUGAAUAAAAUCUAGAUGUAACACUAUUGUACAGCAUUUUUCAGCCCAAAUGGAUAAUUUUUCAGUUGGUGAUGAUAACAUUUUGCAAUCAGAAUUGACAGUUGUAAAACAUGAACGAACAAAUAUAGCAACAAAUGACAGGAGACAUACUUUGAGUUUGAGCGUACACUGACACUCAACACAGUGAAUGCUUGAACUCAAAAUAUGUCUCCGAUGUCAUUUGAUGCCUUAUUUGUCAGUUCAUGUUUUAUAUCUGUCAAUUCAGAUUGCAGUAUGUCAUUUACUGGCCUUCAUUUGUCACCAUCGACCAAAAAACUGUUCAUUCGAGCCAAUAAAUGAUGGUCAUACCUGUAAAAGUUUCUAAAGGUAAAGAAUUUUAACAUUACAGUUUACUAGAAGAUGUAUUUUUUUGCUGUUGAUUUUUUUCUGUAAUGAUCAGUGUAAAAAAUCAGUUAAAAUUAAUUUCCUAAUCUAAAAGAAAGGGUACUUUUUGCCAUAAAAUUUGCCUUGCCAUUUUGUUCAAAAUCUUAAUAUACUGUCAGUACUGUACUCCUUAUUUUGAAUGCUACUCAAAUGCUGUGUUGCUUUUGAUAAUAUUUUUGUGUUUCAAUUUUCAAGUGUUGUAACGAUUCAAAUGCAUUUAAAAUCUAGUCUUGUUUCCCCAAUUCGGCAGUAAUAUUGUAGCAAAAUUAUAAAUAGGAGUAAUGCACAUACAGAACUUACUGUGUAUUUGUUAGUAUCUCCCAUGAAAGUCAAUCACUGAAGUAGCACCUGAUACUAAUUAUACCAAAAUAAGACAUUCCUACACAACUAAGCCCUAAGUAUAAGUUUUCAUUGCUGAUGUACUGGAAUAAUACCACACUGAUACCAGUAUUCUUAAGAUUAUUAUUGAGGAUGCAUUUGAGCACUCGAGACUGAUGACUCGUUGCAUACUUAUCUCUAACAAUUCACUCCUGAGCAUAUCACAAGAUUUGUUAGCUUUGAAAUCAUGUAAAAUAUUCAUUGUCCCAGCUAUACUGUUCAUAGGCUUUGUAUACCAGUUUCAGAGCUAAGUAUCUAUGUAAGUAAAAUGUAUAGCAUCUGACCUUGUACUGUGUACAAAUGACAAGCUCUUAUUCAUGAGGAGAGGUUAUUGUUCUCCUAAGACAAGUAAAUACAUUAGCUUAUUUUUUUUAAGUUCAGGACAAGUUUGGGAAGAGAAAGUAGAUAUUUCUGGCCAAAUUGUUAUAGUAGCUGUUAGUGAGAAUAACUUUACUCUCCAUUUGUCCAAGAAAAAUUACUGGAGACUGAUAUGGGAAGGUCAUAAAGAGUUUUGUGUUCCCAUUAUUGGACUGUGUGAACUUUAAGUUCAUCAUCUGGCAAUUUUAUUAUGAUCUAGUCUUGUUCUUAAGUAAUUUAUCUGUUGAAAAACUAAAAACUGUCCUCUGCAUUUUUACUAAAUGGCACAUGUAUGUUGUGACAUCUUGAAGUUCCUUUUUAAAUUAAUGUCUAGAAAAGAUUAUAUCGGGUGGAGUUUUCGCAUUUUACCCAACAAAAAAAUUAAAUAAAAAAUUGCGGUCAUGUAUAUUUGGAAGGGGCCAACUUAAACAAAGCAAACUUUCUGACCACAACUUAAACAUGAAGCAUUUAUUAUUUGCAACAUGUUAACUGAGGAUACAAGAUUAAAAAGUUAUGUACAGUCUUGCUAAUAACUUUCAAGGUCAUUAGCAAGAUUAAGUGACUGAUCUACAAAUACUGUAUUACUCAUUUGGACAAAUGGUUAUAUGGCAGCAAAGGAAGCACAGGGCCAGAGACAACUUCACUCCUGAUGUCAGGAGUAAAGUUGUCUCUUUGGCCCUGUGCUUCCUUUGCUGCCAUAUAACCAGGCCCGUCCUUUAGGGGGGGGGGGGGCAAACGGGCUACCGCCCGGGGCCCCGCAGGGCCCAACACUAGACCCAGUGACCUCAGACACAUUACCUGUUGACUGGUUAAUCUGACCUGACGGCUUACGCCACCAUCGCAACCGUGACCUUACCAUUCAUAGCGACAGUCCCAUGGGGGUUGGUGGGGGUGGGUUCCUCUGACUCCAUAUACAGUAUAUAUAUAUUUUCUGGGAUCCCGCACCCGCCUAGGGACGGCCCUGCAUAUAACUGACUGAUCUACAUCAAUUAUAAACUUUAGGAUGCCACACCCAAUUUGGCGAGUGGUCAGAAUGCCAAGUUUUUUUUUACAUGUAUUAAUGCAGAAUUUUUCAACUUUUUUUUUACUUGGACUAAGAUAAGAUAAUAAAAAUUUUAUGAUGAUUACAUCUAACUGCCAGUUAGAUCACACUAGUAAACCUCAGGUGUUGAGAAGCUUCCUAGCAGUAACUCUGGCCAUCAAGGUUUUUGAAAGGACAAUUUAUGACUCAUCUGAACUACCUCAUUAGGUUCACCAUAACCAGACAUUUGUAUUUUUUGUAUAGGUAGUUAAAAUGUAAAAAGUGUAAUAAUAGUGUAUAUAUCCAUGUUAUAUGUUAUUGUUGUCUUCUUGAUUUGUAUUUGUUCUAAAAUACAUUCAAGGAUUUCAUUAACCAUUUUUUAUUAUUACCGUAUUUGUCUCGGCAGUGCAUUUAUGACAAAUCCAAGGUUAUGAGAAUACUUUGAGUAAAUGGUGCUUCAUCUUACAAUUAUAAUAUAAAAAUCAUUCCAUGUAUUUUUACAUAGUACAUACCUAAUUCAGGAUGAAAUAUUUUUUGUUAUAAAAUUAGAGAUUUGAAAUUUUUGUAAUUAAUGAACACUACAGGAGACAAUCAGUCGAAGCCGAGCUGAUCUGUGCAGUCAUAUUUAUUCAGAAUGUGUUAUGAUACAUUUUGGUUUAAUAACCAGCUAUAAAAGGCACAAAUAAAUGUGUUUCACAGC